AAUUCUUAAAAAUCUCAAGAAAGAUCAGAACAACUCAAACGAGAAAUGGGGAGAGGUGCAGUGAUGACGACAGAAUUUAUGUUCAAAUCGAGUUUAGGGUUUGAGCAUUCAAACUGUCACCACUCAAAACCCCCAAACAAGAAACGGAAACCAUGCAAAUUCUCCCGCAUCUCAUCCUUUUCUCAAUUUAUUGCCUAAACAAAAUUAAUAAUCCAUAAUAAAACCCUACCAAUCCGUUUUUGGAAGAAAUCUGCAUGCAUGCAACAGCUCAUCACUCAUCACUCAUCACUCAUCACCACCAAGAUUCUGAGUGAUUUCAGAAACGGUUUGGAAAAUCCAGAUCUUCUGAAAUGGCCUAAAACCGGCAACGAUCCAUGCGGGCCCCUGAUCUGGCCCCACAUUGGCUGCUCCAACGGCAGAGUGAUCUCGAUCCAAGUUUCGGGCCUCGGGCUGACGGGCCCGUUGCCCCCGAAUCUGAAUCAGCUAAGCGAGCUCAAGAAUCUUAGCUUGCAGAAGAAUUAUUUCAAUGGAAAUUUGCCCUCAUUUAGUGGCUUAUCGAAUUUGCAGCAUGCAUACUUGAAUUCCAACGAAUUCGAAACGAUCCCUCUUGAUUUCUUCCACGGGCUUAGCAAUGUGAUGGUUAUUGCUUUGGAUUACAACCCUUUAAAUCAGAGCUCAGGUUGGGCUCUACCGCAUGAUCUAGCAGAGUGCACUCGUUUGGUGAACUUUUCUUGCUCGUUUUGCAACAUAAUUGGGGAGAUUCCUUUAUUUUUUGGGAAGCUUUCAUCUCUGAAUUCAUUGAGGCUGUCGUCUAAUAGGUUGAGUGGUGGGAUCCCCUCGAGUUUCCAUGGCUCGUUGCUGCAGAUUCUGUGGUUGAAUGAUCAAGAGAAUGGUGGCAUGAAUGGCUCAAUAAGUGUGGUUGGUAGCAUGGUUUUGUUAACUCAGUUAUGGCUACAUGGGAAUCAGUUUACAGGACCGAUUCCUGAUACCAUUGGCUAUCUCGCGUCGUUGAGAGAGCUCAAUGUGAACGGGAAUCAGCUCGUUGGCCUGAUCCCCCCGAGCCUAACCCGUUUAACCUUGAAAGUCUUGGAUUUGAGCAACAACUUGUUCAUGGGGCCAAUGCCUAAGCUCAAUGCUGCUAGUCUCUCAUAUGGCUCUAACUCGUUCUGUCAAUCCGGCCCCGGCUUACAAUGUGAUCCACAGGUUGACGCGCUUUUAGAAUUUCUGGGUUGUGUGGAAUAUCCCAUUAGGCUUGCCUCGGAGUGGAAGGGGAAUGAUCCGUGUGCAGGGCCGUGGUGGGGGGUUUCUUGCAACCCGAGGAACGAGGUUUCUGUCGUGAACAUGAAGGAUAUGAGGCUUAAUGGCACGAUUAGCCCUUCGAUUGCCAAGCUAUCUUCGCUUGUGGAGAUUCACUUGGAUGGGAACUAUUUGCAUGGCAGAGUUCCUCGCAAUCUGACUAUGUUGAGAUCACUUAGAUUGUUGGACUUGAGAGGCAAUGAUUUUGAGGUGCCACUGCCUAAAUUUUCUAGCAAUGUGAAUGUGGUUUUUGAUCAUGUAAUUUCAAGAACACCCUCUUCUCCAAAUGCCAAUAUUGGUGCUACAAGUUCUAAUGAAUCGAGUGAUGUUGUUGUACACUCGCCAAAAUCAAGAUUAGGGAUCAUUUUGGCUUCUGCUGCAAUUGCUGCAGUUUCCACUCUUGUUGCAGUGUUUGUGAUCAUUUGGUGUCUUGGAAAGAGAAAAGAUGGCAAGAAUGGUUCAAAUGGUGAUGUAAAAUCCUAUGGUUUGGAGGGUGGUGGUGGUGAGAUUAAGAGUAAUCUCGAGAGCGGCACCACCCUAAGCUUCUCUGUGGAGGCCCUACGCGAGGUGACAGACAACUUUGCGCAGGAGAACGUGUUGGGACGAGGAGGCUUCGGCGUGGUGUACAAGGGGAGGCUCGAAGAUGGCACGAUGCUGGCCGUGAAGAGGAUGGAAUUUCCAUCGGGCGUGAUGGGCGACAAGGGGACGAGCGAGUUCCAAACGGAGAUCGCCGUGCUCUCCACUGUCCGGCACCGCCAUCUCGUGUCCCUCUUGGGCUACUCCGGCGAGGGAAACGAGAAGCUUCUUGUGUACGAGUACAUGCCUCAAGGAGCCUUAAGCAGGCACUUAUUCUAUUAUGAGAUGAUGAAUUUGGAGCCCCUGUGUUGGCCUAAAAGGCUCACCAUUGCUCUUGAUGUUGCUAGAGGGGUGGAGUACUUGCACUCCAUGGCGCACCACAGCUUCAUCCACCGCGAUCUCAAGUCCUCCAACAUCCUCCUCGACCACGAGUUUCGGGCCAAGGUGUCGGACUUCGGGCUGGUGAAGCUCGCCCUCGACACGGGCAAAUCCUUCGCCACUAGGCUGGCCGGGACGUUCGGCUACCUCGCCCCCGAAUAUGCCGUGACGGGGAAGAUCACUACGAAGGUGGAUGUGUUCAGCUUCGGAGUGAUACUGAUGGAGCUGGUGACGGGGCUGGUGGCGGUGGACGAGCGGCGCCCCGAGGAGAAGCAGUACUUGGUGGAAUGGUUCUGGCAGAUCAAGGAUGAUAAGGCAACGAUGCUGGCUGCCGUUGAUCCUGCUCUCAAUGUGGAUGACGAAACACGUGACAGCAUCAUCGCCGUUGCUGACCUGGCGGGGCACUGCACCGUGAAGGAUCCUAGUCACCGCGCUGACAUGGGCUACGCGGUCACCGUGCUGGCCCGCUUGGUAGACACGUGGAGGCCACAUCAGGGGACCAGCCGCUGCUCCAGCAAUAGGUCGGACUUGCCUCUUCCCGAGCUGGUCAGGAGCUGGCAAGAGGAGGAUUUGGCCUGCAGCUUUAGGAUCUCAUGAUGUUCAUUGAAAAACAAAAAAAAUAUUAUCACUUGGUUUUAUUAAUGUAAUGUUUUGUUAAGUUUGGAAUUCGUUUCUUAUGCAUAAAAGGGAUAAUUUGUUUUCAUAUGAUUCAUAUGAAACAUUAAUUAUUGAUGAA